AUGCACCGUGCAUGCAUCACCAGCCCCAAACCCCAUGCUGCUGCUGCUGCUGCUGCAGCAGGAACACCAGCAGCACUGCUAUCCCCCGCUGCAGCAGCUCCAGCAACACAGACUGCAGAGGAUGCUGCAGCAGAGGACCCCACAGCAGACAGAACCCACCCAGCAGCAACAGCAGCAGCAACAGCAUCAACUGCAGCAGGAGAGAGUCAGCUCUCCUCAACAGGAUCUCAGCUGGGAGCAGAUGCAGCAGCAGCAGCACCCGGAGCCAAACCCUCAGCAGCAGCAGCAGCAGCAGCAGCAGGAGCAGCAGCAGAGGGAGCGUUGCUGUCUCUGCGUCGCAGCAGCGGGCGUUUCUCUCUCCGCUGCGCUGCAGCAGAUGGGCUGGAGGUGUCUUCUGUUCAUCCUGAGGCUGUGGGGCCUGCUGCAGUAUUCUCGGGUGUAUGUACAGCUAACGCACUCACAGGCAGCCGCCUGCUGUCUCCUCACCUGCCCCCCUCGCUGCCCCCCCUAGAUAUGGAUCUGCUGCUGGCGCUGCUGCUGAUAGCCCUCAGGCGCUGCCGCGUCCCCCUUACUGCUGCUGAUGUCCUCAGGCUGCUGCUGCAGAACCGCAUUGGGUCUCUGUCGCUGCUGCGGCUGUCUCCUCCGGCUUUGUGGCAUCAGUGCCGUGUCUUUACUGGGGCGCUGCUGCAGCUGUCUUGCAAGUCGAAUUCUGCUGCUGCUGCUGCUGCGCUGCAGCCGCAGUCUCUGCCGCAUGCAUUCAGGCUGCAGACGCUGCUGCAGGAUCUGGGGGCCCUCGGUAUAUCAGGGGGCCCCUCUAUCAAUGCCUCUGCUCUCAUAGCCCGUUUGGGUUUGCUGCUGCGUCUCCCCCCUCUCGUGCUGCUGCUAGCCAAUGCUCUGCUGCAGCAGCUGCUGCCAGCGCAGCUGCAGCUGCUGCAGCACAAACUACGCACAGCUCAAGAAUACAGACACAUUAAAAUACCCAAGAGGGCCCCCUUCAUUCCUUCUUAUAUUAAAACACGCCAACGGGGGCCCCCGCCGCUUCACAUACGCAAAAGUGUUAGGGCCAUACGCAGUGUUCCUGCUGCUGCUGUUGCAGCAGCAGCUGCAGCAGCUGCUGCUGCUGCAGCAGGAGACAGACACGGCAACGGCAACAACCUCAACAAACGCAGACGGGUGAUGACUUCGUCAGGCUCCGCAGCAACAGCAGCAGCAACAACACCUGAAGCAACACAAGGCAGUGUUCCUGCUGCUGCUGUUGCAGCAGCAGCUGCAGCAGCUGCUGCUGCUGCAGCAGGAGACAGAGACACCCACGGCAACGGCAGCAACCUCAACAAACGCAGGCGGGUGAUGACUUCGUCAGGCUCCGCAGCAGCAGCAGCAGCAACAACACCUGAAGCAACACAAACAGCUGCAGCAGCAACAACAGAGGCAGACACAGCAGAAGCAGCAACUGCAGCAGCAACCACGACGGGGCCUGGCAGCGGGGACGCGGGUAUGAGUGAUGGGGUGGCCGCAGCAGCAGCAGCAGCAGCAGCAGCAGCAGCAGCAGCAGACUCGGCUGUGUCUCCGCAGACACCUGAGGAAGCUGCAGCAGCAGCAGCAGCAAAAUGUACAGCAGCAGAUGAUGGUAAUAAAGCUGCUGAAGGAGACAGCAGCAGCGAAGGCUGUGAAUUCUCCCUGCUGCAGCAGCAGGAGGGGCCCAGCAGCGACUGCGCGAGCGAUGGCGGGGACCGCAGCAAGACAUCAGCAGCAGCAUCAGCAGCAGGAUCCGGAGCAGCAGCAGCAGCUGCUGCUGCUGCUUCUGGGCGGAAGAAGCGGCUCCUCUACGGUAUCAUGCAGUGGCAGCCCGCUGCAGCACCCACAAACACCUGCAGCAGCAGCAGCAGCAGCAGCAGCAGCAGCAGCAGCAGCAGAAAGAAUGGGGGAAAACCACAAAAUAUGGAUGAAGCUGUAACCACUGCUCUGAGGCUCUGCACACAGACAGAAGAGGAGCUUUCUGGUAGACACAUUCGCAGCAGCAGCAGCAGCAGCAGCACAAGCAGCAGCAGCAGCGGCAACGUCGAUGACCCUGAAAAGCCCUUGCCGCAGCCGACGCAGUGUGAGUGUUCCUCUCCAGCAGCAGCACAAGACAACUCUAUGAGCAGCAGCAGCAACAGCAGCAGCAGCAACCGUACGAGCAGCAGCAACAGCAACAACAGCAGCAAAAGCAGCAGCAACGUAGAAGGCCCCCUGGCUGCUUUUGGGGGGCCCCUCUCUCCUCGGCGGCUGCCCCUGCAGGUGCUGCGGUGGGCGACAGAUAGAUUUUUUGUUUAUCUGGAUGGGUUGACAUUGAUGUGGGUGAUAGGGGUUCGCCAGUCUGCAGCAGCAGCAGCAGCAGCAGCAACAGCACUUGCUGCUGCUGCAGCUUUUGCUGCAGCACCUGCUGCUCAAGCAGCAGCAGAUGGAUUCAACCUUUACUUCUUCCCCGCCAAACAAAUAGGAGAGCGACGAGCGGGAAGAA